GACCCAAUGAGAGAUGGUAAAGAAGAGAGAGUAAUAUAAAUCUGAAUUUGUGUAAAACCUGCUUCCGCCCCCGACUGCAGAGCCCGCCGCAUUUUGCUUCCAAUUCUCAAUCUCAAAGAGGGGACCUUCACCAUAGCGUCUUGACGAAACAAUGGCUUACGCUGCAAUGAAGCCCACUAAGCCCGGUUUGGAGGAGUCUCAAGAGCAGAUCCACAAGAUUAGGAUCACCCUUUCCUCUAAGAAUGUCAAGAAUCUCGAGAAGGUUUGUGCCGACCUGGUUCGUGGUGCCAAGGACAAGCGCCUCAGGGUCAAGGGACCUGUUAGGAUGCCAACUAAAGUUCUUCAUAUAACCACCAGGAAAUCCCCAUGUGGUGAAGGCACCAACACAUGGGACAGAUUUGAGCUACGUGUGCACAAGAGAGUCAUUGACCUCUAUAGUUCUCCUGAUGUGGUUAAGCAGAUUACCUCAAUCACAAUUGAACCUGGUGUUGAGGUCGAGGUCACCAUUGCAGAUGCUUGAUUUUGGCCCAGUUUUUCUUUCUCUAUAUGCUAGUUUAUUUUGUAAUUUAGCCUCUUGGCUAGGAAUAUGUUGAGUCCAAUUCAUUAAGGUUAAUGCAUUUCCUUUUUGCUGUUUAAAAUUUUGAAGUUGAUUAUUGUGGAAUGGGAAUGACUUGAUAGAUUAUCUGUCUUAUGUUUGUCGACAUUGAAGAAUACCAUGAGAAAUGGCAUGCUAAAUUCGUUCUAAAA